UAUUAUGACAGUCUCUAGUAUUAUCUGGAAAUGGCCUUUGUUUUAUGGAAAAGCGUGGUUUCAACCAAGCUUAGAGGCUGGGACCACCAACAUAACUCUCAGCUCAAGCACAAACUAUUGCAUUUUUUUUUUAAAAAAAAUGAGAAAUGCAAACAAGGAUACAGGAUCAACAUCAUAUUUUUCUGAGUAUUGCUUAUCGAUUUCUGACACUACUAGUGAUCAUACUAUCAUCGGUUUAUUCAUGCAUCUAUCUUGAGUAUCUAAUCAGUUCGUUUGCAACCGCGUAUGCAACAUGAAAAUUGUUUGAUUCUGCAUACACUUGAUAUAUCAGGCCACUGGCGGUUUCUCCCUUGUUAUGGCUUGAUAGAUGCUAAAAGAUCAAGGAAAUUUAAAUUAUUUCUUGCUUUUCAGAAGCAAUUCCCAACAUCCAAAGAAUGGAGAAUGGAUAAGACUUUAUACUAGGUGGCAUGCGAGUGCUGUUUUACUUCAGUAAUCAAUAAUGGUCAGAUGUGUAGCUAAUCCCUGCAGAUAAAUAUGUAUUUGAGUACUAUAAGUUGCUUAAAAUAAGAUCAUGCUAAUCACCCUUUAUCCUAAUGUUAGAAGCCUCUGGUGAAAAAAAUGGAAGGUUCAGAUGAAAUAUACAAGGUUAUUGUUAGCCACCUCUCAUAGUUGGGACGGAUCCUAAUCUUCGAAGGAUGCUUUAGAGCUACUUGUGACCACUCAUUUGGAGCGAGAUGGGGAAGAUAUUAUAUUCCAGGUUGGUCAACCUACUCACCAGGGGAAAAAUCUUCUGAACAUCAAGAGAGGUUCUUUAUGGCAUUCAGGCACUGCACCAAUAGCCAAUGCCUCAUUCAUAGCUUACCCUACUAAUAUCACUGUCUUCGUAUGAAAGAGAUAAAAAGGAAAGCUGAAAAAAGAUGGACAAAGAGUGUUGGAUCUUUUAUUCACUUGUCUCCUGUUGUUGCGCUUCCUUUAUAUCUCCCUUUUCAACGUGAGUCCCAUAAACGAGCUCACUGGCCACCGGUUGGUUCGUAUCCCUCCUAAUAGACUCGAACACAAUCCUGCAUUUGCCCCCCCCAAACCGAUGGAUCUGCUUUCCUGUGGCUAACAGGAUUAUAGGAAGUAACAGCAUAAUUAUGGGUGUCUGAUAACUCUUAACCACUAGAUUGUCUCCUGUGCUCCCUCCGACUGCUGAUCAAGUAUCAGAGGGGUAUUAUUAUUAUACUCGAGCUAUCAUUAUACCUAAUGUCUGCUUUCAAUUAUCACUCUGAUGUUGUUUCACAUCCUAAUUAGCAUAGGUAGAGGCACAGAAAUACCUUUUGAAUCCUUGGAUGGUAUAUUUGUGAAAUUUGGAGGUGAUAAUUGGGGGGAAAAAAUGGAGCAACAAAUCAUAUUAUCCUAUUAGAUCUUAUUGGCCUAUGGGGACAUGGAUCCUAACAUUGUUGGAUCCUUGUCGAGCGGAUCUCCAACACAACCCGACCCAUGUGGACCGGUGGGACCCAUUCACGAGUGUCUAACUCGAGCCUCAAGGCUCAGAAAACAACCCCUGCUCUAAUUUAAUCAUAAAUGCUUCUAUUCUAUUCCAUUCUAUCCUAUCUUACCAUUCAAACAUAUUAUUUUACUGGAGAAUUGCCAGAAAAUUUUUAAUCUCUUCCUCCCACGAAGCCCAUGAAUCAAAUGAUACGGUUCAGAGAAACUUCCAUUUGCGCCAGCUAUUUAUAGAAUAUCCAAUAGCCUUCUUAUGAUAUAUAUUGCAGUUAUCAAUCAGACAAUCACAUGCGCUGCACCAUAUAAACCUAAUUUAUAUCAUAUGUGCGUGUAAACUGCUGCUUUAUUAUAUAAUCUUACACUAUCAACACAGUCUUAUUUUAAUGGCUCCUAGAGAUGAUGAACAGGGUUGCAAGGAAGAUUCCAUCCUACAUCGCCUCUGGAGCUUGAGGUGUUCAGUGUAAUAGCAUGCAUUCAAAUAUCUUAACGGUUAACAAGUUAUUAUUCUCAGACUACAUCAGCCAUAGACUUUAUAUUCUACGAUUUCCAUGAAGACUUGAAACUAGAAUUUGAAAGUAGCUUUCUAAACUUCACGUAGCUUUUUUGUUUGUAAAAUUACAGAUUAUCCCAAUAUACCCGCCGCCAGUUGUGAAGCCGCAGUCUUCUUCGAAUAUCUUCCGUAAAUAUGCUGAUGAGUUGGUACAACUGUUCAUGGUCAGAUACAUGACGAAACUCAUGCAUGGAGAGCGCUUUACUUCACUCUAUUACUUUGCUUUUUUUCCCACAAAAGCACCAAAGCCAAAUAAUAAUAAAUGUCAAAACAUUACUAACGUAUGUACUGACGUACAUGUAUCUGCAUGGUGUACCAUCACAAACAAACGUGAGAAACACCAAAAGUUGGAACCGUGUAUUUAAUUGCCAAUUUCAUAUAACACGUCCCCUCGCACUAGCAGGCAUCUAUCCCUAUUUUAUUUGAUGAUCAAAUAGCCAAAACUUUGGCGACCAUAAUAUCCCUGUUAGGAAACUAAGCUCACAGACGGCCAAAUAACUUCGAGCCUUCCUCGCUCCUCCCCAAGCCUUCUUCCACCCAACUCAAACGCCGUAGAAAAAGCCACUGCCUCUCAGGUCUUAACCCACCCCAUUUACCUCUUUAUCUCCUUUCUCUCCCACCCUCUUCUCCGUCAACCCACAAACCAAAACUCCUUUGUUCUCCUUCUCUCCAUUGCCAAAACCGCUGUUCCUCCUGCUGAAAUCCAAUCUUUCUCUGUUCAUAGAGACCAUAAAGAGCUAUAUUUCCUUCUUCCAAACAAAAGCCAGCACCUUUUCUCCACACACCUCUCUCGGAGCCUCCCCUGUCUCCCCAACCCAUAAAAAUCCCACCUUUUUGCGUCCGGAUCGAUGUCUUCCAACCGGAGAAGGUUCGUGGUGCAGCAUCCGGUGGCCGUCGACAUCGGCUGCAGCUGCCGGCGGCCAAAGCUCUCGUCUAUGUUCUCCUCCUCGCUGCCAAAAUUUCGACUCCCCACAUCCCCCGACCCCUUCUCCCCUUCCACAUCCACCACCACCAUCUCCACCAACUCCCUCUGGGACACCAGCCUCACCGCCACCACUGCCUCCUCCCCCCUGACGUUGUCGCCGUCGCUGCGGCGGUACUCCGUCGCGGAGAACCCGAAGUGGCGGUCGAAGAAGAAGACGGGGAAGGCGAAGAAGAAGGACGUGGUGGAGGAGAGCGUGGCGGUGGUGAAGGAGUCGUCGGACCCGUAUCUCGACUUCAGGGACUCAAUGCUCCAGAUGAUCAUGGAGAUGGAGAUCUACGCGUGGGACGACCUCCGCGACCUCCUCCGCCGUUUCCUCGCCCUCAACUCUCCCUCCCACCACCACCUCAUCCUCCAAGCCUUCGCCGAGAUCUGGACCGGCGUCUUCUCGGCCCCUUCAUCCUCCUCCACCUCCGCCUCCGCCUCCGCCUCCUGUUCCCGGCCGGGCGGCCGGCGGCGGUGAUCGCACUCCCCCUCCCGCGCGCGCCGGCCGGCACGUCACUCGGUCGUGCGAGGAAGUAACAGAACAAAAAAAAAAAAAAAAAAAAGACAGUAGCGGUCGCUCCUGCGGUGGCCCGGACGUAGCUUGUGGGGUAAUCUCACCAGGUGGCGCUAGGAUCUCGAAUCAGGGAAGGCAAAAAAGGUUUUUUUUCUUCCUGUGGGUAUUUUUGAGUGCUUAUAGACCUUAUCACCGAGUACUGUUUUUGACUCUUCGUACUGUGAGGCGUGAUGUGAUGGUAAUGAUGGGGUGUUGGGGGGGAGCGUGUGGUGUUAUGUUUUGAUGGAUGGGGUGGGCUUUGCAUUCACAUUUCCUCCAGCCUUUUGCCUUCUUUAUUAUGACAAAGCUUUCAAUGGUUGAGGUUCUAAUGAAU